UAUCUGCAGGCGCAGGUGGUACACUACAAGCCGCGCGUGUCGGUUUUGGACAAGGAGCUGACCACCGUGAGCUACCACGGCUUGAUCAACUUUCUGCUACUGCUGCUUUCGGCCACGCUGAUCCGGCUGGCCAUCGAGAACUACAUGAAGUACGGCUUCUUGGUCAGCAUUCCGGGCACCAGCGUCUCGCGGAGAGACUGGUUGGCAUCAGUGGCGGGCUUUCUCUCAGUCAGCGUGGCAUUUUUUGUCGCGCUGGCCAUCGAAAAGAACGCUGUGCCGAGCAAGCCCAACUACGCGAAUGUGAGCGACGAGGCACUGCGUGUUGGCAUGGACGCCGAUGAGAAGCGCACGGUGUUGAUGCAUCUGUCCAACCUGGCCUUUGUGCUUGUCGCGCCCUCAUGCAUAACGUAUUUCGCCAUAUUCCAGCCGGCCCUGGGCACUGCCGUCAUGAUGUCCGCAUGCAUCAUGUUCCUUAAGCUCCUUGCAGUGGGCGACGGCAGCAAGGCGGGCCCGGCGCACGGAAAUGCCAGGCAUCGGAUCCACUACCUGGUCGCGUACCCGCACAACGUCAGCCUGCGCAACUUUGGGUACUUUUGGCUGGCGCCGACACUGUGCUACCAGCCGUCGUACCCGCGCAUAUCGGGGUCGAUCAGCAAGUCGUUUGUGGCCAAACGGCUAUCUGAGCUGGUAAUCCUGUGCAUUACAAUGUACGUGGUCAUCCAGCAGUACGCCGUGCCAACACUGGUGGGAUCUGUCAAGGCCAUCGACACUCGCGACGGGUUCUGGCUGUCGGAGCGCGUGCUCAAGCUGUCGGUGAUCAGCGCGAUCGUGUGGUUCCUCGGCUUCUACGCGCUCUUCCACGCCGGGCUCAACGCGCUGGCCGAGGUGCUGCGCUUCGCCGACCGCGCCUUUUAUCUUGACUGGUGGAACUCGGUCGACCUGGCCGCGUACUGGCGCGAGUGGAACCUGCCGAUCCACUACUUUUGCAAACGGCACAUCAUGGUGCCGCUGGUCUCAGCGCCGCUGAACCUGCCGGUGAGCGCCGGCGUGAUGGUCACCUUUUUGUUCUCGGCUGUGAUGCACGAGCUGCUGUUUGGCAUCCCGACGCACUGCCUGAAGGGUACUCGUUUGUUGGCAUGAUGGCGCAGAUUCCGCUGAUCCAGCUGACGCAGUGGCUGGUGCGGUGGCGCGGCCCCGAGUCCGGGCUGGGCAACGCCAUCUUCUGGAUCUCCUUCUGCAUAGUCGGCCAGCCACUCGGCGUGGUGCAGUACUACUACACAUGGGUAAAGAAUAACCCCUGAGAUUGCUUUCCUUUUUAGGGUCCACCAUUGUGCUUUUGAAUACUGAACAUUGAAUUUGGAAACCAAAUGACGUCAAAUCCCUCUGUGCUUGUCAAGCAGAUAAUAGGAUGCAAACAGUUUGAUUGUUCACCCUUUCCAGCUGAGGAACUGGAUCCAAGUUUGGCCGCUUCCGAGAAAUGGCGAAAGCAGCCAAUAUCAGACGAAAUUGCAAUUUUCUUUUUUGUCCUGUUUUUCUUGAUAAAAUUUGGGGCUAUUUUUACAGACGAGGAUCGACACUAGAUGUUAUUUGCC